UUUAAACACCACAUAAGUUCUAAUAAACAUUCUAUUACAAUUAUUUGAAAUCUAAGCAAUAUUUUUAGAUAUCAGAAGUAUGGCAUUUACAGAAAAGUGACAUAAAAUCGCUCGGAUUUCCCAGUUACGUCACGAUUAUUCAAGAUGGAGGAUUUACAAGUCGAAGUUUGCGGCCGAAACGGCGUCUACUAUAAGGCAUUUGUUCAGAAUGUUCACAAUGAGGAGAUCACAGUUGCCUUUGAAAAUGACUGGCAGUCAGAGAAAAGAAUUCCAUUCAGUGAGGCCAGACUUCCACCAAGAGUGCCUGGCAGGUCUGACUAUAGAGAGGCAGAUGAAGUGGAGGUGUAUACUCAGUCAAGUCCCCAGGAGCCAUAUGGCUGGUGGAAGGCCAGGGUUAAGAUGAUGAAAGGAGAGUUUGUAGUUGUGGAAUACUUGGGCUGGGAGACCACAUACAAUGACAUCUGUCCUGUAGAUAGGGUACGACCAAUGAACAAAAGUAAUCAUCUAACCAAUGGCAGCUUUUACAAAUGUGUGAUUGACAUACCAGAAGAUCUUCAAGAUAUGUGUGAAGAUGAACAAAUCCACAAAGAUUUCAAAAAGACAGUUGGUCCAUCUCUCAUAAUAUACUCUAAAGAAAACCAUGCCAUAAUUGUUUAUGCAACAAAGGAGUCGACAACGCGCAAGGCAUCCAUGCUAGGAGACAUGCAUAUACGUAAUUUGCGCCAAAAGCACGUCUUAAAACAAAGAAUGGAUGAGGCUUGUAAAAGAUUGGAAGAUUCGAGAAAACUUGAUUCCACAAAGAUGCAAAGAUCUGGUUACUUUGAGGAGUUUGCAGUGCGUGAAGACCUGAUGGGUUUGGCUAUAGGGUCACAUGGUGUGAAUAUCUCACAGGCAAGGAAGAUAGAUGGCAUCACUGCAAUAGAGCUUGAUGAGAACACCUGCACGUUUACAGUACAUGGCGAGAAUGAGGAGGUCGUGAAAGAGGCCAGGAACAUGCUGGAAUUUGGAGAGGAGAGCUACAAUGUGCCAAGAGAACUAAUACCUAAAGUAAUUGGCAAGAAUGGUCGUAACAUCCAAGAAAUGGUUGACAAAUCUGGUGUUGUCCGUGUAAAGAUAGAGGGAGACAACGACACGGAAAAUGCCAGUCAACGGGAAGAUAGUGUUGCCUCCUUGCAGGGCCUUGUUCCAUUCCUGUUUGUUGGCACGAUUGAGAAUAUCAGCAAUGCCAAGUUAUUGCUAGAAUAUCACUUGACACAUCUAAAGGAUGUUGAGAAACUACGUCAAGAAAAGCUUGAGUUAGAUCAGCAGUUGCGUAGUUUGAAUGUACAGCAACAGCCUGGCCCAUAUUUCCCUCCCCCUAGAGAGCGCAGACAGCAGCCUUAUGAACCAUAUAUGGAAGACAGGGGGCGGGGCCGAGGAGGACGUGGGCGGGGACGUGGACGAGGUGGCUGGGGCAGAGGAGGCCGUAGAGGAGGAGACUUCAACUCAGGAGUGAACCCUGGUGAUUCUGACUAUGACAACAAUAGAAGGCGUCGCUAUGGUGAUGAGGAAACAACUGUUCUUGACAACAAUGAUGUGUCUAGCGUCACCAGCCAAGAUCAAGAGAGUGUGUCAUCAGUUGAUGGACCUAAUAGGAGACGAAGACGUCGUCGUAAUCGUAUGAACAAAGCCAGAAAUGGAGUUGAGACAGGCACUGAGACUGAUAAUAGUGUGUCAAACUAUGCCAGUCAAGGAGAGGGUGUUGAUACAGACACUGGAGUAGGGGGUGGUGGAUACGCACCUCGGGGUGGCUCCAGGGGACGGGGCAGGGGACGUGGCCGAGGAGGGCGUGGUUCUGGGGGAUACCAAUCUGCAGACGAGUAUGGUGGAGGAUAUAGAGGGCGCCAACGACGAGGUCGUGGAGGAGGUGGCUACAACUCAAAUGAUGAUUUCAACCGUCCAUAUGAAUCACGUGAUGAGCCCCGAUCAGCCAAUAGAAAUCCCUCAAACCAGAAUGUGCAGUCAGCCAGGACUUCAGGUGCUGGUACUCGCAGAUCUAACAGUCAAAACAGACGAUCUGAUCAGUCUCCAUCUCGCGGCAAACAGCCAGCUCCCUCUAGCGGGGGAGACUCUACUAAAUCUGCGACAACAUAUAGUGUUAAUAUGAAUGGUGUAGCUCCUGCUGAUAAUAAUAAAAACUCUAAAAACAUUAAUAGUAAGGAUAAAUCUCCGCCAAAAGAUCAACGUCCGCCACGUAAACGCGACCCCAAACCUAACUCAACAAAUCCUAAACCAAAUAAUGCAACAGCAAAACUAAAUGGACAACAAAGUGAAUCAGAACCUAAGAAUCUGAAAGCUAAAGUUGAUAGUAAAUCCACACCUAUGGUGAAUGGAGAGUGAUCAACAAAGCACCCCCAUAGUGGUCGCAUAAUGGACUAGUCCAUUCUCAUAAGACCCCUGUAAGAUGUAGAAUAAGGGGUGAUAAGACAGUGGGGAAUGAAACUUCCAAUGAGAGACUAAAAGGUUUAUCACAAGAUGCUAAUGUCUAAUGAUUGGUGUAAAAUUGGGAGACAUGUCAAGGUCUAGAAUGUAGCUCUGGUAAACAUGUUAAUGUUGCUCCCUUUGAAACAAUUUUUGUUUUAUAUAAAACCAUUUGAUGUCCAAUUUGUAAAUGCUUUUAAUACAUAACAACACUGUCCAUGUUCGUUUGUAAGUUCUCCUAGUUUCCUGACCACACAUAAGACUAUAGGAGACUUAAGUG